AAUCCAAAGAGAGAGAGAGAGAGAGAGAAAAGUCAAUUACACUAAAGUGCGCGGCCACACUCAAAGAACAAAGCAUUCAGCGAGCGGCGGAUAUUCGAUGAGUUUCAUCGCCAUUCCCCGAUUAGAUCGCCGAGGCUGCUCACUGGUCGCUUUGUCUCACCGAACGCGUGGUCAUUGUGCAUCACACAUUCGGAGGGAGAAAGAAAAGAAGCGCGUGACGCACGAAAAGAGAGCGAGCGACCGACCGAAAACGGAAACGCGCGCGCGGUCGCCAUGGCAACGGGACACGCGGAAUCAGGCGGAAACGGACUGAUGUUUCGCGUUCCGCCGUUCCUGCCAGCAGCUGCGAGUGUCAGCUGUUCAAUAUGAAACGAUAGCGGUGCAGUCACUUGUAGGAGUCGGCGACGUCAGACACUUCCGUCGCGGACGUUAGCCAGUUAGCUAGUCAGUGGAUCGUCCGUAAUAAUAUCGUGCGUGCGCGAACGAGUGUUUGCAAACGGGACAGAUAAACGGGAGAAACAGAUAGAUACGGACAAAGGAGCGCGAGGAACAGAUAUAGACAGUGCGCGAGGGUGGGGAGGUGAAAAGGAGAGGGCGCGGAAAAAGAGAGAGAGAGAGAGAGCACGAGUGCGUGUGGGAGAGAGAGUGAUUGAAUGCGUGAGUGAGAGAGAGAGGGAUAGGCAGACGGACAGACGAACGGACAGAGAGUGAGGAACGUCGCGGUGUAAGUGGCCGAAGGAGGAGAGCGUAUACGCGCGCCACUCGUACGAUUUAUGCAAGAUCUCGCGCGCAACCUGGAUGUAUUAACGCAAGGGCUAAAAUACGGCAUAUCAGGACUAAUGAACCUCGCAAAUCAGACGUCGGACAGUCCGCAGAGCGGUCCCUACUUCGUUAACUUCAAUCAGGACUGCACGUCUCUGGCAGUGGGAUCGAAGUCUGGAUACAAGCUCUUUUCCAUCAGUUCUGCCGGACAUCUUGAGAAGAUAUACGAGAAUGAUACUGAGGAUAUUUGCAUUGUCGAGCGAUUGUUCAGCAGCAGUUUGGUGGCGGUCGUUAGUCUUUCAUCUCCCCGUACGCUCACAGUAUGCCACUUCAGGAAAGGCACGGAGAUAUGCAACUACAGUUACUCGAAUACCAUUUUGGCUGUGAAACUCAACAGAGCGAGAUUGGUGGUAUGUCUGGAAGAAUCAUUGUACAUUCACAAUAUACGGGACAUGAGAGUGCUGCACACAAUUCGUGACACUCCACCUAAUCUGUCAGGCCUUUGUACACUUUCGAUAUGUAGCGACAAUUGUUAUCUAGCUUAUCCCGGCUCGAAUACCAUCGGGGAAGUUCAAAUAUUUGACGCGAUCCAUCUCCAAGCCAAGACAAUGAUACCGGCACACGAUAGUCCACUGGCAGCGCUCGCUUUCAGCUCCACCGGUACCAAAGUCGCGACGGCCUCUGAAAAGGGCACUGUGAUCCGAGUGUUUGACGUUCACGAGGGUACAAAAUUAUUCGAAUUCCGCCGCGGAGUUAAGAGAUGCGUCACGAUAAGCAGUCUCUCUUUUAGCAGCGAUUCUAUGUGGCUUUGUUGUUCCAGCAAUACGGAAACAGUGCAUAUAUUCAAAUUGGAGGAACCAAAGGAAACGCCGGGGCAAACUACGGACGAAGCACAAAGCUGGAUGGGCUAUUUGACGAAGGCUGUGACAGCGUCGGCGAAUUACCUGCCGUCGCAAGUGACUGAUGUUUUUACUCAAGGACGUGCUUUUGCUAGUGUCCACCUACCGUUUCAAGGGCUGAAAAAUGUUUGUGCCAUCACCGUAACACACAAAAUACCAAAACUAUUGGUAGCUAGUGCCGACGGUUACUUGUAUGUCUACAACUUGGACUUGACGGAAACCGGAGGUUGCACACUUCUAAAACAGCAUAGAUUAGAUGAUAAGCAAGACGAGACGGAUUGUGGUGGUUCCGGAACAUCUGCACAAACAGUACAAAAUACAGCCUGCAUAAAUAGCUACGCGGGUGCGUUGCGUGGCCGCUCGCCAGACUCCAUGUCAGGUACUGAAUCAGAGAAGUAUCAGGAGAUGAUAGCGGCGACAGAAAGCCCACCGAAAGGCGGCGGCCCGUUCCGUCUGGAUGACGAUUCUGAGUUUCCACCCGUCACGCAAAGGGCAGACUGAGCGUGAGGCGCGAUUUUAAGGCAUAUCAAAAGUUCAAGGUGGCGUGGAUUAAGAAAACGAAACCGACAAAAAAAAGAAAGAAACGGAAGCGAGGGGUCAACGAUCUCGGCGACGCGAGCGAAAGGGAGCACAGAGAGACCAGAGGACGUCCAGUAUUACACACGGAUAACACCGAACCCCGCUGCUCCCUCCGAGUGUUUGGCUGGAACGGAACCGAGAGGUCCGGACCUCGCCGACAGUGUCGUUGAGGAUCCGAGCGAGGUGUUCGGGUGGAAGGACCAUCGUCCGUCAAGCGGAGGAAAAAUCGGCUUUCUUCACGCACGGCGGCGGUCGCGACGCCGUUCCGGAGACAAAGAAGAAGCAUCUCCGAGCGGCACCCUCGAUCGUAUCGCCUCGAAGCUGGCUGAAUGAGAACGGCGGUAUCGGGAUUUUGUUCGUUCAUUAGACAGCAUCUGCGAAUGCAGCUUCCGAAAAGAUAUAGUAAUCCAAUGGCGGAUAAGAGCGCGAAUGAACGGACAUUUUCCGGGGCUUUCGCGAUAGGAGAACUUCGUUUUACUUGCGGUAGGAGCGAGGCGAAUUUUUAACGGACAAAUUAGGUAGCGAAGUUACCUGCCGUGUCUCUUAAUUGCAAGGUUAUCGUGCUCGGAACGAUCGCGGGAAACCGUAGCGGAAUUCGCGAGUAACUUAGAAAAAUUCCGGACCAGAGAUAAUGAAUGUGAGAUUAGUCGCUUUCCGCGCUGUCGUUGUCGACGAGCGCAUGGCGAGACCUGCAUUUGUCUCGAGCGUCUUGUGCGAGUUAUGAAUAACCGGUUGUGUGCACGAAUUUCGCCAAAAAGAUUACUUUUAACAGACCGGCACGACACUUCUUUAAGUGUAUAAGAAGGAACAAAAUUAGAAAGUACAAGGAUAUAUAUAUUAUCUGAGCGUCGGGAGAAGCCGACGUAAGCGACCACGUCCCGUUUAAAGACUCGAGGGCUUGCCGAGGGCGCCGAUAAAACGAUCGGCGAGGGAGGAACAUUCGCAGGCCGACAUAUCCAUGUUCUGACGCGAGAUAACAUUGUAAAUAAAUCCGCCGCCUCAUUCGCCGGGUGUAAACUGUACGUUAUGUCCGCUGCGUUUGUGAGAGUGAAAUGUGUGCGUGCGUAUGCGUGCCUGAAAAUCGACACCGGUGAAAAUGAGAACCNCCCCCCCCCCCCCGCUCCCCUCCCAUGCUUUCCGUCGUUCACAUUGGCAUCCGCGAGAAACGGCCGAAUGGUUCUCCUCGCGAGAUAUUUAAAUAAUAUCAUCGUACGUUCGAGCUGAGGAAACGCAGCGUAUUAUUAUUACACUUCAUGGUUAUUUCGUUGGAUUACUAUAUUUUUAUCGACUGAAUCUUUGUCUUCUGUGUUCAACAAGGGAAGCUCAUGUUCUUUUAUUGGAUAUAAAAAAAAAACAUUAUAACAUUUAUGAGUACGGUGUGUAGGUGAGAAUACCGGUAGCGGUAGCUUCAGUUGUGUAUUUCUUCUGUAUAAAAUGUAAGAUCGUCGAACGUACGUUUUGUUUCUCGUGUGUGUGUGUGUGUGUGUGGAAGAGAUUCAGGCACGAUCCGGGUCGUACGACUUUGCCAAAAACAAAAGAGAAAAAAAGAAGACACUCGUCUCGCAAUGUUACUUUGUUCGUUGGGCAUUUAGUAUCCGAAAGUAUCGUUUGAAUUUUCGCGUGACAACAAUGAGACGGUGAAGCAACGACAAACGAUUUCGGAGACACGUGUGUGUGUAUGUGUUAUUCUCGUUUGCUGCGUGCGAGGUGUGUGGCUUGAAAGCGCGAAACAAAAAGAGGAUUUCAUUCCAUUUCCUUCGAAGAAUUCGCAACAAAGUUCUGCUUACGUUAUCGCGCUGUCAACGCGGUGUUAACGAGAUGAUUUUUCCCGAACGCCAAGCGUACGUACCGAAUUUUGAAUUCCAUGCAAAUUUUAUAUCUUGUUACCGUGAACGAACAUCGUAUGCUGUAUUUUAUGCUUUGUACCAAGCGCGAACAUUAUAAUUAAACAUUACGCAAUCGUAUAUAUUUCACAAAAUGUGCAAUAAGUCUGUCUCUCUUUCUCUCUUUCUCUUUGAACUCUUUUCUUCGAAUUGAUUAUCGAAAGUUGUCAUGACAUGUAAUUUGUAUAAAAUAACUAAUUAACUGACUAGGAACAGAACCUUCGAUCUUAUACAUACAUACAUACAUAUAUAUAUAUAUAUAUAUAUAUAUAUUUGCGUUUUAUUUACUCGAGCUUGAUUGUGUACGAAAUAUUUUCCAUUAGAUCGGUGCCAAUUUACCCGGAGUAUAUAAGACAACACCGGCGCUGGCGAGAAAAACGCGUUUUAUCAUGUACUAGUAAUACGGUUAAGUGGAGCACACACAGCUGCUGAGUUUUGUCGUGACUCUGUAGCGUAUCGUGUAAUUUAACGGAUCUUAUAUAGUAUCUCCGAUUACAAAUAGGAAGUUUCUUUCCGAACUGAGAUAUUCGGCGCGGUCGGCGUGAUGUCAAGUACCGUAUAGACCCGUGUGUGAUGUGUCGUUCAGGCGGUUUUAUACUAACGAGUUUUAUUUGGUAAAUAGUCCUAUACUUUUAUAAAGAUAAAUAAAGGUAAAAAAAAAGCGUCAAUAACCAAAUGUACAUAAAAAAAAAUGAAACGUGCUGAGGUUUGAGUUUUGACGUCGUUGCGUAUGAAGUUUCCUAUAUUAAUACACGUGAUUGUGCUGAACCGCAAAACGGAAGGGAAUACCUACGAGUCCUUCCACAUCUACGAUUGGUUCAACAUCCCAUCUUUAUUUGUAUUUAAUAAACCUGCUGACGAUUUUUUAUAAAUCGAUCAUGCCUUCUUUCAUUUGAAAAAAUUGCGCUAUCACAUCUCGCUCCAUCUAUCUCUAUCUCUCUUUCUCUCGAUAUUCAUCUGGAAACUUGUCAUAUUUUACGCUGCCGUGAAUCGCGUCGAAGCACGAAAAAAAUAUCCAUACAAUCGCUACCAAGUUUCCGAAUGAAAAAUGAACGAAUUUUCAUCUUCCUCGCCGGGCCUGUUUCUUCGCAUUUGGAUUAACAUUCCUGUUGUGCGCGCGACUCGAUAUCUCGACUAAAAAUACGUGAGGCAAAAAUUAAAACAAUACGAGAUUGUAGCGAAUCAAGGAUAUAUACGUGAGAUUUUCCAUACAUUAUUUAAAAACGUGCGUAUCCUUUUUCUCCAAUUAUCUUUUCUAUAUACCGAAUCACCGUGAAGGAAUUGGAG